CCGUAUUUAAUGCCAAAGUCUAUGUUUUUGCCGAUAAGAAAUUGGACUGUUAAUCUGCUUCCGCUUGUCUUGGACAACUGGAUAAACACAUGGAUCAAGGAGGCGCCGAGAUGUGUAUCGCGGCGGAUUGGACCAGCUUGACAGUGAUUGACGUGCAGCCAUGGCAACCGGGCAGCCAAUCUGCCAAGUCCAAUUGGAAAUCAUCGGAGGGGCUUGACUGUCUUUUUCUCCCCCUUUAACAAAAACAAACGAAAAAAAAAUACAUGCACCUCUACUGCGACUCGAGUCCUCUCUUUCUUGGAAUCCCAGCCCAGAUUGCAAAAUACAUCGUUGGCUCUCCGGUGCUCGCGAGCCCUCCGCCGGCUAAGUUUGGCCAAAGCGAGGAUGCGGUAGGCUGCCCCCGCCCCAUUCGGCGACAUCGGUCCUCCUCACCUACCUCGGUCGCCUUCAACUUUGGGGGAUUUCCUCGUUUUGGUACGCGCGCGCGGAUAGCGGACGGAGACGCCGUGGAGGAGAGAGAGGAGCACGGAGGGGGAGACCCGGGACAAGCCUCCAUGUUUCAGCUGCCCAUCUUGAAUUUCAGCCCCCAGCAGGUCGCCGGGGUGUGCGAGACUCUGGAGGAGAGCGGCGACGUGGGCCGCCUCGGCCGCUUCUUGUGGUCGCUGCCCGUCGCCCCGGCGGCCUGCGAGGUGCUCAACAAGAACGAGUCGGUGCUGCGGGCCCGGGCCGUGGUUGCCUUCCACACCGGCAAUUUCCGCGAACUCUACCACAUCCUGGAGAACAACAAGUUCACCAAGGAGUCGCACAGCAAGCUGCAGGCGCUGUGGUUGGAAGCGCACUACCAGGAGGCCGAGAAGCUGCGGGGACGCCCGCUGGGGCCGGUGGACAAAUACCGGGUGCGGAAGAAGUUCCCGCUGCCCAGAACCAUUUGGGACGGCGAGCAGAAAACCCACUGCUUCAAGGAGAGGACCCGGCACUUGUUACGAGAAUGGUACUUGCAGGACCCCUACCCGAACCCCAGUAAAAAACGGGAGCUUGCGCAGGCUACCGGACUUACACCCACACAAGUAGGAAACUGGUUCAAAAACCGAAGACAAAGAGACAGAGCUGCCGCUGCCAAAAACAGGCUCCAGCAGCAGGUCCUGUCCGGCGGCUCCGUUCGCUGCCUGGCCGACGAGGACGGCACCGUGGACCGUCUGGGCAACGCAUCCAGUCCGGAAGCGAGCCUGUCCAGCAAAGCGGCGGCCUCGGCCAUCUCCAUCACCUCCAGCGACAGUGAAUGUGACAUCUGAGCGCUCUCCGGCUCAACUCUUGAUGAAUGGAAAGGGGGAAAAUAAAAAAAAAAAAGAAGAAGAAGAGGAAGAAGAGGCAAUUCCAAGUGAAAGACAAUCGAAAACGACGACUCAUAGUGCCUGCGUUGAGUUCCUCACACACAUAAACACCAUCACACACACACACACACACGGAUAUCUGAUGCCUGCCAAAAAAACAUGCGAGGAUCUGUGAGGCCUAUACUUUGAUUUGGGGUUGACCCACGCGUGGAUGACCCGUCCUAAACACACACAGGACUGAUGAUAACACCCCCCCCCCAACUCAAAAAAAGGAAUAGCGAGCGCCUACAUAGCCUACUGUUUAUCCGUGGCUAUUUCAUGUUGCAAAACAACAACUGUGCUAUUUUUACGUUUCUUUCACGAGUUUUACGAAUAAUGUUGAUUUGCCUAUUUAAACCCAUCUGCUCAGUCUUUUGGAUUUCAUCUUCAUUCGCGUGGUGUUUUUUUUUAAUACUUUACCUUGUGCACAGGUGAACCUGCUGAGCAUGCGCGCUUUAGUGAUUGUGUUUCAAGUCAAAGGGAAAAAAAUAAGUAACUUAAUAAAAUAAUUGUUGAUCGAGAGAGUAUUUUAUUUGUGAUUGGUGUUUGAGGAAGGCGAAAGUAAAAAAUGUAGAUGACACAAAUCCACGUGCCUAGAUUCUAAUGGCUGCCUCAUAUCGGUCCAUCCCGACACGUUUCACAGCGAGCCCUAAUUGACCAACAUGCUGCAUGGGCGUCGCGUAAUGCAGGGUGACAGCGUGAGGUCACCCAGAGGCCGGCUCACUAACCCGGAUGAUGUGCGCAGGA